AUGUCCAUCAAACGGGCGUUCACCAAAGCCAUUCGGGGCAACACCGACAGUGACGACGCCUCGUCAGGCAGUCACGUUCGAUCUCUCUCGCUGGGCCGCUCCAAAGCCCGAACAUCGACCUCGCUCGAUUCGCGAAAAUCGCUCGAUGGAUCGCCCUCGGCUUCUCCUCGGCGCAGCAUUCUGGGCACCUUCUUCCGUGACCGAGACUACAUCUCCUCCUCAGAAGAUCAGUCAGAUGACUCCGCCGCGACGGGCAAUCUGAGCAAGAACCAACAGAAGCGACUGGCACGCCAACAACGCCGCAACGAGCGGAGUCGCCUGAGUGAGGACCACGUGUCCGAGGCCGACCAUCGUCGCAAGGAAGAAGAACUGGCCAAAGCAGCUGCAGAGGAGACCGCCGAGAUGAAAGCGCGCUAUGGCGAACUGCCGCUGAUGCAAUCGCAGAGUCGGCCACGCGAGCUGCGCACCGCGCUGGAGGAUGUGACGCCCGCGCUGGAGGGCCAAGAGAUCUUCUUCACCGCACGUCUACACGUCAUUCGCCGCAUGAGCGCAAAGUUGGUCUUCCUCGUCUUCCGCCAGCAGCUGAUCACCUUCCAAGCCGUGCUGCAUGAGCGGCCUGGCGUCUCGUCCAUCGCCAUGAUCUCCUGGGUCGAACACCUGCGAGUGGGAUCAUUCCUGCGCGUGCGCGGCCGGGUGCAGAAGCCCGAAGUCCCUGUCCUGGGUUGCAGUAUCCACGACGUGGAGCUUGCAAUCGAUUCCGUGCACCUGCUUGUCAAGCGAGAGGAGCCCGUCCCCUUUAGUGUGUACGAGGCCGAGAUUCAGACCAACGAGGAGGACAAGGCCGAGGGUCGUCGCAGUCACAUCCCGGAUCGUACCCGCCUGAGCAACCGCCUCCUGGACCUACGCACCCCAACCUCCCAGUCCAUCUUCCGCUUACAGUCCGCGACCUGCAACCUCUUCCGAGCUGCUCUGGAUGAGCGAGGCUUUAUCGAGAUUCACACCCCCAAGCUCCAGGGCGCCGCCACCGAGUCCGGUGCGAGCGUGUUCCAGGUGAACUACUUCGGUCGCCCGGCAUUCUUGGCCCAAUCACCUCAGCUGGCCAAGCAGAUGGCCAUCGCGGCCGACUUUGGCCGUGUGUAUGAAAUCGGUGCGGUCUUCCGUGCGGAAAACUCCAACACUCAUCGACAUUUGACCGAAUACACCGGUCUCGAUAUCGAGAUGGCGAUCGAAGAGCAUUACCAUGAAAUGCUCGAAGUUCUCGAUGCGACCAUCAAGAAUAUCCUGAGUGGUAUCUACGGCAAAUACCGCCGCGAAAUCGAAACCAUCAAGCAUCAGUUCCCAUCGGAUGAUGUUGUGUGGCUGGAACAAACACCCAUCAUUCGCUUUUCGGACGGCAUUCAGAUGCUGAACGAGUCGGGCUGGCGCAACGAAGAGGGCGAGUUGCUUCCCCUCGACGAAGAUCUUGCGACGAGAGACGAAAUCCGUCUCGGUGAGUUGGUGAAGGAGAAGUUCGGCACCGACUACUACGUCCUCGACAAAUUCCCCCGCGGCGCGCGUCCCUUCUACACCAUGCCCGACCCCGAAGAUGACAAGUACACGAAUUCGUUCGACAUGUUCAUUCGAGGUCAAGAGAUUGUCUCUGGUGGUCAGCGUAUUCACGAUGCCAACAUGCUCGAGGAGAACAUGCGCAACGUUGGCAUCAACCCGGACGACAUGGAGGAGUACAUGGAGGCUUUCCGCUGGGGUGCCCCGCCUCACGCCGGCGCCGGUAUCGGUCUCGAGCGCAUGCUGAUGCUCUUGCUCAAGGUGGGCAACAUUCGACUCACCUCUCUCUUCCAUCGCGAUCCCAAGAGUCUCCCAGCCAAGCCACCAGUCUCGACGCUGCGUCAUCCGGAAGCUUCCACCAUCGAGCCGCCCUGGCUUGAGCGUUCCCGUUUUGCCGAGAAUGAGAGCGAGCUACAGCCUUUGGAGAAGCUGAUUGCCAACUACGGAGACGCCACUUCCACCUCUUGGUUCGAUGAACGCUUUAAGAUCUGGCGAGACAUGAUGACUGGUGCUGCCGUUUCCUACGUGCCCAGCAGCAGCAACUACGUGAUCAUCCCCGGAAACCCAGCCUGUGACCCGUCACAGUACACCCGAACCAUCACGCAAUUUCUGCAGUGGCUUCGCCGGGAGACCAAGUUCAAACCCAUCUGGAUCUUGUGCUCUCCAGAGAUCGAGACCAUUCUCGGUGAACGUCUCGGAUGGCGUAGCUUGUCCUGCAUUGCAGAGGAGCGGGUGGAGCCCUCCGCUAACCAAGCUGCCUCCGAUGGAGAAUUGGCUAAGAAAUUGCGCCGUGCCGACAAUGAAGGCAUCAAGGUCGUCUCGCUGAACCAAGGCGAGCUGCCAUCCGAGGAGAUUCGCCAGAGCAUCGACAAGCGCAUCGCCGAGUGGCUCGCCAACCGUAAGGGCACUCAGGUCCACCUCUCUGAGAUCCGUCCUUGGGUUGAUCACGAGCAUCGUUGGUACUUCUAUGCUGUGGAUAAAGAAGGCGCCAUCUGUGCCUUUGUCGCGCUUGUGAUGAUCUCACCCGCCUGGGGCAUGCAAGUCAAGUACAGCUUGGACUUCCCCAACUCCCCCAACGGUGCCAUUGAAUACAUCCUCACUGAGGCGAUUCAGACUGCCGGCAAACUUGGCGUCAAGGGUCUGACUUUUGGUGCCGGUGCUACCGGUCAGUUGACUCCCGGUCACAACCUGCACGGCGCCAAGAUUCGAAUGCUGGAGCGUACUUACGAGGCUCUUGCCAAGCAAUUCCAUCUCGUGCGGAAGAGCGAGUUCCGCGCCAAGCUCGGUGCGACUGAGGAGCCGCUUUACAUCUCCUACCCGGCGCACGGUCUUGGCUCCAAGGGUAUUCGUGCUAUUCUCAAUUUCUUUGAAGACUAG